CUAGGCCGGCAUUGGUUGUAAUUACUGUAUUUGUUUUGGUAACGGCGCGUGUUUAGUGUUUACAAAGUUAUAUAUUUUAAAGAAAUUUUACGGAAAUCUGUAUACCAUAAUCUUUAUUAUAUAGCAUAAUUUGGAAAGCUUGUAUUAUAAAUUUAAAAUUUUAAUAGCUACUAAAGUAAUGGAAAGUAAUGAUAAAUUAGAGUCUGAAGAGAAACCAAGCAGUUCUGGUGAUGCAUCAGUGGAUAAAUCAUCAGAUACAAGUAGUACAGUUUCAAUUAGUCAAGCUGCUAAGAAGGCACCACCAAGAAAAGCACCAGAACUGCCUACCUUAGAAAGAAGAAAUUGGUUAAUUCAUCUUCACUAUGUUCGAAAAGAAUACGAUAUCUGCAAAACUUUAAUUAAAGAACAGCUAGAUGAAACACAAGGAAUGUGUGAAUAUGCUCUUUUUAUUCAAGGUUUAAUAUUAAGAGUGGAAGGAAAAAUUCAAGAAUCAUUAGAACUAUUUCAAACUUGUUCUAUCUUGAAUACCUCUGGAGAUAAUUUAAAACAAGUUGCUCGUUCUUUAGUAUUACUUGGAAGACAUAAAACAGCUAUAGAAGUUUAUCAAGAAGCUGUUAAACUUUCUUCUAAAGAUUGGGAAAUAUAUCACAAUUUUGGAUUAUGUUUUAUGCAACUUAAAGAAUUUGAUAAGGCUAAAGAAUGUUUUCAACAAGCAUUACAGUUAAGACCUCACAGUCAAACAUUUUCAGCUCUUGGAGAAUUGCAUAUAAAUGCUGGUGAUUUAAAAGCAGCAAUGAAUGUUUAUAAAAAAGCUUCAGAUCAUUUUCCAGAAAAUACAUAUAUUAAUACACAGUUAGGAUUACUAUACAUGCAGUGUGGAAUGUAUCAAAAAGCAUUUGAAAAACUUGGUUCUGCCCUUGCAUAUGAUUUAGAAUAUGUUCCAUCUAUCUUAGCUGCUGGGAAUAUAAUGCAAACUCAUGGAGAUUACGAUGUUGCCUUAUCAAAAUAUCGUAUAGCUGCAAUGUCAGUUCCUGAUAGUCCAGCACUUUGGAAUAAUAUAGGAAUGUGUUUUUUUGGAAAAAAGAAAUAUGUUGCAGCAAUCAGUUGUUUAAAAAGAGCAACUUAUUUAGCACCUUUUAGUUGGAAAAUUUUGCAUAAUCUUGGACUUGUUCAUUUAACUAUGCAACAAUAUGCUUCAGCAUUUCAUUUUCUCAGUGCAGCAAUAAAUAUCAAUCCACAAAAUGGACAAAUUUUAAAUUUAAUUUCAGUUGCACUAAAACAUUUACAAGAUCCAGGGAAUGCAAAACAAGCUUAUGAACAAGCAAUUCGUUUCGAUCAGAAUGACCCUAUUAUUCAACUUAAUUAUGCUGUUUUCUUACACGGAAUCGGAGAGCAGAAAGCUGCUAUUACUCAGUUGCAAGAAUUUCAACAAUGUUGGACAAAAAUCCAAAAAUCUUCGGGAGGUGACAUGAAUGAUAAUCUUCUAGCAACAGCAACAAAGUUAGCAAAGGCUUUACAAAUAAAUGAAAAUUUAACAAGCGAUCCACAAACAGAAGUAAAAUCCGUCCAGCCGCAGCCAUCAGAAGAAAAUCCAAAAUGAUACAUUAGUUACUGCAGCAUUUCUAAAUUAUUAUUUUAUUAUAUUAUCAUCUAAAUAUCUAUUGUAUUUUUGUAAAAUAAUGCAAAAGAAGAUAA